CGCUAGUUUUCCCCCAAAAUUUUCAACUACCCUUAUUCACUUUCAACUUCAAGAAUAGUUAGCAAAAGACGCAUAAAUCCAGUAGUUUCUCCUCCAAAUUGGCAAUCAAAUUCAAUCAUGGCAAUGAGCAAAUCUGAAACCCUACCGGAAGAAACGAUAGUUGACAUACUCUCUCGCCUGCCUGCAAAAUUCAUAGGCCAAUACAGGUGCUUAUCAAAACAAUGGUGCAAUUUUCUGUCUGACCCACAAUUCAUCAAAGCUCACCUCACCCUCCAUGCCCAUAAGCAAGAAAAGAAACUCAUUUUCAUUUCUGCUUCUCAGGCUCUUAAAACUAUCGCUUUUAACCAUAACCCCCAAAAUGGAUUAAUCAUCGAUGCUAUUUCAAGAAACAUUAAUUUUCCUAAGCUUGAAGACAACUGGUCAAACGUUGCUUGCUCAUGUAAUGGCUUGGUGUUGGUGAGGAAUCAGGAACAUAUUAUGUUUUUAAUAAACCCCACAACCUUGGAGUGCCAUAGAAUUCCAACUUUUCAUUUGGCUCUUCCCCAUGGAAAUAGCUGUAGCGUGUACGGUCUAGGGUAUGAUUUUGCUACUGAUGAUUAUAAAACGGUUACUCUUUCUCAACAUCUACGAGGGCAUAUUGACUCUACUUUUCUUGAUGUCUACUCCAUGAAAAUGGAUCUAUGGAGGAGACUUGAGAGUAUACCUUAUAAUUUACUUACUAACCUCUCAGGAGGAACUCCUGGGGUAUUGGUAAAUGGGGCUUUGCAUUGGAUGGCAAGUAAAACUUCUUCAGUGGUAAUUAUUGCUUUUGAUUUAAGUGAUGAGAAAUUCUUGGAGGUGCCAGCCCCUUCUACUCUUGAUAAAAAUGAUUUGGAUUUGUAUGGUCUUACGGCUUUAAGAGGGUGUCUUUGUAUGUUCUCUGCUAUACUGGAAGACGAAAUCGAUGUUUGGAUGAUGAGAGAAUAUCGAGUUGAGGAGUCAUGGACCAGAUUUAGUAUUGCUAGAAUGGAUUUAGAGUAUGGUUUUGUACCAUUUAAUCCAAUCAGUGAUGAUGAUGUUAUAUUGAGUGUGGAUAGAGAUAAGUUGACUGUCUACAAUAUGAAAGAGGAUCACUGGAGAUAUGUGGAGGUUGAUGGAUUAACUUCUGAGUAUGGAAGGAUUGGGACUUUCAUCGAGAGUCUCGUCUCUCCUAUGUUUGGCAAGAGAGCUGAGGGUUACCAUAUUGCUUGAAAUAUUUUUGUAAUGGUAAUUCGUCGUCAUAGGUUUUUGUAAUGGUAAUUCUUCAGUCCUGAAAAAUAUACGAUUUACUACCGGAAAUGGAAUAAACUUAAAUUUGUGUCUUGAA